CUUUAUCCUAAACCCAACUGUCUCUCACUCUUAUCUCUCUUUCGAAAAUGGAGUCUCAACAAUCGAAUCUCGAAACACCUCUCAAAACUCAACCCGACCACCAUGAAGUCACCGUUUCGAACUCUGAAUCGCCGCUUCGACCGCUCGCUGAAACAGUCAAAAAUCAAGAAUCUCCUCCACGAGCCUCCAUUAACGAUUCUAUGAAGAAAAUCGUGACACCGGAUCGUCUCAGAGUCCCUGUAGCUUUCAAGCACCCAGAGAGGUACAGAAGUCCAACAGACGCAAUGAUGUCUCCAGUUACUCAAGGCCUUCUCGCAAGAAGCAGAAAGCCAUCCGGUUCUCUUAUUCCACCCAGCUUCAACCUAUCCAAGGCUUAAUUUUUCAAUCAUAUACCAAAUUGAAAACCGGUUUUAGCCGGUUGCUGAAGACAUUGUGAAUUUGUAGCUUGAAGGUUUUGUUGGUUGAUGUACGUUUUGCGUUACUGUA